AUGCAAUUGCUGUUAAAGCGCUUUGACGGGUCUACUCUAGCCCUCAACUGUGAUGCCAAUAAUACUGUUUAUGAUGUCAAGCGUCAGAUUGAGUCUCGGGAAGGAAUUCCGUGCUCUCUUCAGUCGCUCUCUUACGGGGGAUCAUUCCUUAAUAACGAAGACUCUUUGGAGGAUAUUUGCUCUUCAAGUCUUGCCCACUUUGACUUAAAUGUCGAUCUCCUUGGUGGUGCCAAGAAGCGAAAAAAGAAGGUUUAUACUACACCUAAGAAGAACAAGAAGAAGCCAAAGAAGGUUAAGCUCUCUACCCUAAAGUUCUACGGGGUUGACGCCACUGGCAAGAUUACCCGUCUAAGGAGAGAAUGUCCUAACAAAGAGUGCGGUGCCGGUUCCUUCAUGGCUAGUCACCAUGAUAGAGAGUACUGUGGAAAGUGUCAUCUGACCUAUAGACGUUAG